GCGAUCACGGCAACGGCGGUGGCGAUGUCGCUCGGUGGCGGCAGUAAUAACUACGGUGGCCGAUAGACUACGAUGCGUCCGGCUCUCGGCCGCAGGCAACAAGUGCCCCGACAACUCCGACCCUGAAUCAGUUUUGUUGCGGAAGUUAUUACUAAACUUAGAAAAUCAUUUGUUCUUUGUGGCCCGUUAGGAAGUUACUACACUAUCAAAUAUUAGCUUAAAAGACUCGAGGACCGAUAUGAGCUUUUAAAAUUUUAUUAAGACAACAUUUAAAAUGAGACCGCUGUGAUAUACUUUACCGUUACAAAAUGCUACAAGGUUGGAAAAACAACAUGCUGCGUGUGGUUUGUUAAACAGGUAAACUAAGCUUGUUGGUGCAGCAUAAACGCUAUGCGUUUUGGCAGUGGCAUUUGCACUUGCAGCACAACAAUAACAUUUUUGUUGUGUUGUGCCACCGUGUCGAGUAGACCAUCCACUAUCGGGGUCGGAAGUAAUGGUGGUGGAAAUGAUGGCGGUGGAGGAACCAACGGAGGUUCUGGGGAUGAUGGUGAUGAAAAUCCAGUAGUAGCCACAACUACUGGCUUAGUACGAGGCUAUACGAAGAUCAUAGCUAACCAAGAGGUCAGAGUGUUUACCGGCAUACCAUUCGCCAAACCACCACUAGGACCAUUAAGGUUUCGUCGGCCAGUGCCAGUAGAUCCAUGGCCAGGAGUGUUGAAUGCUACCAAAAUGCCCAAUACGUGUUAUCAGGAGCGGUAUGAGUAUUUUCCAGGAUUCGAAGGAGAAGAAAUGUGGAACCCUAAUACCAAGUUGUCGGAAGACUGUCUGUACCUGAACAUAUGGGUGCCACGCAAACAACGUACGAGACACCAUUCAAAUGCAGCCCAUCACUCAAAGAUACCAGUGUUAGUGUGGAUCUACGGCGGUGGAUAUAUGUCCGGUACGUCAACUCUUGAUAUUUACGAUGGUGACUUGAUGGCUGCAACAUUUGACAUCAUGAUUGCUUCAAUGCAGUACAGACUUGGUGCAUUUGGGUCGCUCUAUUUGGCUCCCGAACUGCCCGAAGACAGUGACGAUGCUCCUGGGAACAUGGGGCUAUGGGAUCAAGCGAUGGCCAUUAGAUGGAUAAAAGCUAAUGCAGAAGCUUUUGGAGCUGAUCCAGACACUAUAACUUUAUUUGGAGAAUCUGCUGGUGGUGGUUCAGUUAGUGUGCAUUUAAUAUCACCUGUCACACGAGGGCUAGUACGACGUGGUAUAUUACAAUCAGGAACAGUUAAUGCACCAUGGAGUUACAUGAGUGGCGAACGAGCUUUAGAAAUAGCUAAAAAAUUGUUGGAUGAUUGUAAAUGUAAUUCGACGGACUUAACAAUCAAUUGGCAUUCCGCUAUGUCUUGUAUGCGUUCCGUUGACGCAGGUACAAUAUCAAAAAAACAAUGGAAUAGUUAUUCUGGAAUUCUGGGAUUUCCAUCGGCACCAACGGUAGAUGGUUUGUUUAUGCCAGAACAUCCUCUGGAUAUGUUAAAAAAAGCAAACUUUUCUGACAUCGAUAUACUCAUUGGUAGCAAUUUAAAUGAAGGUACAUAUUUUCUACUAUACGAUUUUGUGGAUUUUUUCAAUCGAGAGUCAGCCACUCAGCUGACAAAAGAUAAAUUUGAACAUAUUAUUAACGUGAUAUUUAAAGACAGAACACAACUAGAAAGGGAUGCCAUAAUUUAUCAAUACUCUGUAUGGGAAAAAAGAGAACUGGACGACCCUUACUCAAACCAAAAAAGACUGGGUGACAUUGUUGCUGAUUACUUUUUUGUGUGUCCAACCAAUCACUUUGCUAACAUCGUUGCUGACCGAGGAGCCCGAGUCUAUUACUAUUUCUUUACACAUAGAACUGACUCACAUUUGUGGGCCGAAUGGAUGGGGGUAAUGCAUGGAGAUGAAAUGCAGUACGUGUUUGGACAUCCGUUGAAUAUGUCGAUGCCAUACAAUGCUAGAGAACGAGAUUUAAGUAUACGGAUCAUGGAAGCGUUUACUAGAUUUUCAUUAACUGGUACUCCAGUAUCAGAUGAUAUCGAAUGGCCAUUAUACAACGAGUCAAAGCCCAUCUACCAUGUGUGGAACGCAGCCAAGUUGGAAGUGGGCUACGGACCUAGGGCAACUGAGUGCCAAUUCUGGAAUGGCUUUUUCCCAAAAAUUGCCGAGUCAUUGAAAGAAGCUAGUAAAAACGCCUGUGAAGAUUUCAGCGAACUAUUUCCCAAUGUCAACGACAACUACACGUCUAUACAAUUGUCUGCCGCUACUAACCAACAUGUCUUCUCGAUCAUAUGUGUCACCUUAAUGUUGAUAAUAUGUGAGCUAUUCUAAAAAAAAAAAGUAGUGAGAGAGAGAGAGUGAACAUAAAAAUACUUAAAACUUAGAAUUGAAAAUUACUGAGUUAACUCAAUAGGCUAAGGACUGAUGAGCGUGAAUUUCUCAGAACGCCUCCUGCACUGAUGAGGAUACUAAUUAGGUUGAUUAACAAUGCAUAUCAAAUCGUAAAUUACACGUAUCAUUUUAUACAACUAUAGAUUUAUAAUUCAAAAACAACUUAAACGUGAUAUUUAAGUAUUAGACUAAACGUGAUUUAAUGUAUGGUUAAAUAUAUUAGAAUUACAAUAAUGAAUAUUAAAUAAUUAAGUGGAAAUAGCUUUUAACCCUAUUGCAACGACGAGAGGGGACACGUACAAAAUAAAAAACGUGACACGCUCGUUAUAUUAUGUUAAAUUAAGUAAUUAUAAAUAAUUAUAUUUACAUAGUACUAUCUGUUAGACGACUAUAAUACUUAGGAUAUGCGAUUACCGAUAGAGAUUAAAGUGAUCGCAAUAAACUUAUUAUAGUGGUUCAGAGCACGUUCUUUAACCUCAAAUCCAUUUCGUCCAUACACUGGGAUCACGAUAUCAACACUCAGACAAUCUUAGCUCUUUAACGAUUAUUUACAACUAAGUACCAUUUUUAUAGCUCAAUUACGUUUAUAUGUAUAUGUGUGUUUAACAGCUUGAGAACAAAUGUUUUUUGUAUGAAUUUGAUUGUGUUGUAUACUAAUCUAUUUUAAAUGACUCUAUGAAUCAAAGAUGGUUUUUUCAUAUUUUUAUACCCAAAAAUAUAUAGGAACUCGUGAGUUUUUAGGAAUUUUGCAAAAUAUAAUCGUGGUACAUAUCCAUUACAUAUCAAACAAUAUAUUAUUCUGUAUUCACUUAAAUCAAAUAUUUUUUGCCAAAUUAGUACAAAUUUUUUUUUUACGUAUCUUUACUUGGUGAUUUUGUACUGUUACUGAAAUCCAGGCAUAUCAAAAUCAGACUGUUCUUUUGAAAGCAAAUGCAGAAGCUCUUUUUUAAACAAUGCUUUGUAUUUUAAUAUACUAAUUUAUACUUACUUGUAUACCUAAUUUUAUCUAAGACAAU